AUGUCCCGUGCCGGAUCUUCCACCUGCGCUCUUGUGCAGUUAUUGAAAGACCCGGAAGCGGCUGGACGAAGCGAAGGUCGUAUCGACCUCACGUCUCCAGUCAACAGUCGCACACGCCCAGCGCCUGGGGUCUCAAUACACGUUAACGUCCCCUGCCCCGCGCCCCCUACCGCGGUGAAUGGCGUCGCGGGCACACCGAACCGUGCUGGCGGCGCUGCCCGCGCGGGGGUCCCGGAACUGUUGACAUUCAGGGAUGUGGCCAUAGAGUUCUCUCAGGAGGAGUGGGAGUGCCUGGACCCCGCUCAGAGGGCCUUGUACAGGGACGUGACGUUGGAGAACUACAGGACCCUGGUCUCCCUGGCUGUCCAGGGACUGGGAUUAGUUUAUGGAAAAGCUGCAGGGCAUCAUCUACCGGUUUCCAUGUCAGCAAGACCCUCUCUCUGAGCUGAAUAUCAUCUCCACUGUGGAGGAAGGAAGAGCCUUGCACGGCCAGGAGUGGGGUGAAACUAGCGGCAAAACCCAGGUGGGUGGGAAGGUAUCAGAGAUGUGAAGGCAAGUGAGGGUCAGAUGGCAGAGAGGAAUUGACUCCCUGAAAUGUUGUUUGGGACAUUCUCCCCGGGUGGGAGAGGUGUUUGGAAAAGAAGAGUUGAUCUCUUGUGGGGUCUCAAAGGAGGGUGUUACUCUCCUCCUUCACCCUCUUCUUGGUGUGUGCAUGUCUCCUGCCCUCCUCAGUGGUAGUGCAGCUCCUGGCAGCAACAAGGGCAAAGUCUUUGUCACGACCCAGGCAUGCCCUUCUCUGCCCCCAGGAGUCCUUACUGGUUCGACCUUGGGGAGCACAUGGAGAGCUGUUUGUAAGGGGCGUCUUCCUUCGCUGCGUCUCCUUCUCUAGUCAGUCACACAGAUCUUAGGUGAGGCCCCCUUCGUCCUGACUGCGGGCCUUCUCCAGCUUGUAUCCUGUUUCAUGUGCUUGAGUGACCUGUCAUGAUGGCAACACUCUUUGCGUCUAGGGCCAGAGGCAGGUGCAUGGGCUGUCCCAAGCCCUCUGCCCGCUCCAUGCCUCUGCCAUUUCUUCAUUUCCACUUUCACGCUGUAGGGGCAUGUGUACUGGGAAUGGAGUGGGUGUUUCAAGAUUGUUACUCAGCAAUGCUGUAAAGACAGUGUGUGGCGGGGGGCGGUCCGGUGGGGGGCCCUUUGUUUGAUCCCCAGUCCUUCAUGGGGACCGUAUUUCAGGCUUUGGGCCAUCAGCCAGGAGUCUGUAGGUAGAUCCCAGGUCCUGUUUCAACAUCCCACAAAGUAUAACCCCUUUCCUUAGUCUCUUAUCUUCUUUGUCUCUGUCUUGCAGGUCUUCCUUAGUCUGGGAGUGUGGGAAAACUUUGGCUCUCCCUGAUUUCAUAGUCUCCUAAGUUUGUGUGGGUUUGCCUCUGAAACUUUCUGGGUUGUGAAAUACACUUCCUUAGUGUCUGAA